AUGACCGGUACGGUGGUUCCUGCGUGGGACUCUGAUCAGGUGAACCAGCUGGGUGGCGUGUUCGUCAACGGUCGUCCUCUUCCCAACGGCGUGCGCCUGCGCAUCGUGGAGCUCGCCCAGCUCGGGGUGCGCCCGUGCGACAUCUCGAGGCAGCUGCGCGUCUCCCACGGCUGCGUGUCCAAGAUCCUGGCACGGUUCCACGAGACCGGAUCCAUCCUGCCCGGCGCCAUCGGUGGGAGCAAGCCCAGGGUCACCACGCCCAAGGUGGUGGCUUCGAUCCGGGAGCUGAAGCGCAAGGACCCGGGCAUCUUCGCCUGGGAGAUCCGCGACCGUCUGCUGGCCGAGGGCGUCUGCGACAAAGCCAACGUGCCGUCGGUCAGCAGCAUCAGCCGCAUCCUCCGGAACAAGAUGGCGCCCUGCUCGCCCUCGCCCGUCGCCGCCACGCCGGGCAAGGCACCCUGCGUCGAGGUCACCCACAGGACGACGCCCUCGGCUCCCAGCGUAUGCGGCAGCGGCGGUGGCAUGUACCCGUCGAUGCACUACGGGGCCGGCGGCGGCGCGGGCGGCGGCUACGGCGACGCCGAGCUUCUUUCCAAGCCCCGCUGGGCGGUGUCCCCCUUGCUGGGCCACCACCACCAGCACCACUACCACCACCACCACAGCUACUACCUGCAGAGCUACCUGCACAGCCAGCAC